AUGCAUUGUCUACGAAUAUGGUCGAUAAUCAUACCAAUAGUUAUGAUUAUUGUGAGACACAACUCAGGCCUUAGUUCCAAAAAUGUUUUAUUGGAUGGUGGUUAUAUUGGAUGUAUGUACCAAGAAGUGUGCCUGACUGGUGAGAUAUGUCAUAAUGAUUCGCUUUUUGGAAGGUGUGUUCCUGAAAAUGUUCAGCACGAGUUAUUUGAUGCUACCUAUUCACAAGUGCACAAAAUAAAAUCGCUUCCUUUGUUUAUUCGACCAGAAAACUACAACUGGGCUGACACAACCCUUCAAUGUUUGUUAAGAACAAUGAUUCUAGAGUAUGAAUCUCAUUCAAUCUUUGUUGACCCCAAAUCGUUUUGUUUAUACCAGUAUGAUAUAGAGGAUGGUGAUAAUAUUGAUGGUCAAUUCCGUAGCCAGUAUGUAAAACGUGAUGUAAGGAAAAAUCGUGGAUAUCCAAAUUUUAUGCUUAGCAAUCCACUGAAAACUAUAGAACCUUAUUAUUUUCCUGAAAAUUCAUAUGAACUUAUGGAUAAUGACAAUAACUAUAAUCGGUGGAUUGAUAGUCCUAUUAAUAAAGGAAUAAAUGCAGAAAUGAAGAACAAUGAAGAAUUAGAUCAUUUCAGUAAAAAAUUUCAGAAAAUGCUACGUUUAUCUGGGAAUCAUCAAAGAAAUGAGAACAUAGAAUCUAACAGAGAACAAGAAUUAGCAAAUAAAGUGAUGGAUGAUUCAAAUAAAGACAAUGGUGAUAUGGCUGCCAAAUUAUAUCAAGAUGAUUAUCUACUCUCAGGCAAAUAUAUGCAAGAACCACUACUUGGUGAAACGUUACCUUCUGAAUUCCAAACACAACAACAAGAAGAAAUGAUCAUGCCAUCAAAAUCAGUCACUAGGUUACGUGCACAAAACAUGGGGUCUGGAUCAUAUAAACCAUUGGAACGUAGAUGGAUUUGGAUUAAAUUUUUAAGUGGACCAAUAACCAAUCAAGCAGCACAACUCAUUGUACUUAAAAUAUCACAUGAUUUAAAGCUGACAUCUCCAAUUUCAUUUUUUUUCCUUGAUAAAUCGAGACGUGUAUUAUACUUUCAUGUUCCAUCUAGUGCUGGAGUGUCCGCUGAUACUAUUGUUGAUGCUCUUAAUACAAAUAUGAAUUUAAUAGAUGGUUAUCCAAUUGAAGAUGUUGGGUUUGGCCGUGGAGCUGUGAAUACAGUAAAUACAUAUUCCAGUAAAAAUGCUCCCACUGAAUCCCCCCAACCAUCGCCUCUGCAGCGUUCUGUCGACGAUGAAAGUUUGAAAAAUUUUGGUCAUGUAAAAUGGGAAAAAUAUACAAUGACAAUAAUUCUAUGUUCCAGCAUACUUACUGCAGUUGUUAUACUCACAGCAAUUUAUAUAGUUCAAAUAUGUCGAAAAAAGCGUAAAUCUAAAAGUGAAUCAAAUGAAAAAUUAUCAUGUCAAUUAGAUGAUUCACCUCAUUUAGAAUGUAAAAAGCUUGCACACAAUAAUAAUCUUUAUGGAUCUCAACAAAGUAGUGUUUCAUCAUGGUCAAGUGAACCAAUCCCAUGUAGUAUUGAUGUUCCAACUGGACAUAUAAUUUUAUCAUAUAUGGAAAAACAUUUACAAGAUAGAAAUCAACUAACAGAUGAUUGGAAUUCAAUCGAUAAGUAUGUGUCUGAAGAAAAUAUUUUGUAUGAAGAAGGUAAAAAUCCUAAGAAUCAGUUUAGGAAUCGAGAAUGUGCACCAAUUCCAUAUGAACAAUCUCGAGUCAAACUUCGAUCUGGUGAUAACGAUUACAUUAAUGGAAGUUUAAUGUAUGAUACUAAUCCAAGAAAUCCUGUUUACAUUGCUACAAUUACGCCAACAGUUAAGUCAGUUCCAGAAUUUUGGUUAAUGGUUUGGGAACAAGGAUGUGUUGUAAUCGUUUGCUUGGAACGUAUUGAUGAAUUAAAAAAAAUGGAUGAAAUUGACCAGUUUGAAUUGAACGAUGCUUCAGUGAAAUAUUGGCCUAAUGAAGGUAGUCAAGUUUAUGGUUCUUUUGAAGUACACCUGGUUUCGGAACACAGUUGGAGCGAUAAUUACAUUAUUCGUUCAUUUUAUCUUAAAAGCAUUGUAACAAAUGAAACACGUACUGUUACACAAUUCCAUUAUCUUACAUGGAAGGAUGAGAAUUUGAAAGAAAAUAGUAAGCCUAUGUUGGAAUUCAGACGGAAGGUCAAUCGUUCAUUCCGUGGAAUGAUGAGCCCUAUUGUGGUUCACUGCCGUGAUGGAUGCGGACGAACAGGUGCAUAUAUUUUACUAGAUUUGGUCCUGAAUCGUAUCACUAAAGGUGUUAAAGAAAUUGACAUAGCUGCUUCACUGGAACAUCUAAGAGAUCAAAGACCAGAUAUGAUUAAAACAUUGGAGCAGUAUGAGUUUGUUCUCUCAUCAACUGCUGAAGAAGUAGAUGCAAUGCUUCAACCAAGUACAUGA